AUGCUGCCCAAGUGCGGCCAUCUCUUCCACGAGUCUUGCAUCAGGAGCUGGUUCCAAGUCUGGCAAAGGGACAACCCUAACAAGACGCCUUGCUGUCCUUUCUGCAAGACAAAGACGGUCCGCACAACUCACUUUGUACGGUGCCAUCUCCAGUCAUGCACACUCGCUGCUUCAUCCCCCGUCAGACGAUCCCAUUCGAGCCCGAGGGCCAGCUCGCCUCUACGCGAACAAGUCGACGCGCAGGACGAUGUUGGCGAUGAUCAUGAGGCGACUGUGGCAAACCUCAGGCGCAGUCUCAAGCAUGCUAACGCCAAAGCAGCUCAGCUGUCGACGCGCUUGUUGCAAGCCAGCGAGGACGGCGUCAGUCUGGCCCAGAGCGUGCUCAGGUUAGAGAACGAAACCGCGAAACACCAGGCAGACAGCUUGCGAGAUCUCCACAGGAUAGACCGCCUGAACGAUCAGCUCGCUAGACAGACCGUGCAGCUCGAUAAGCUGCGCAAUCGGAUCGCAGACAGCCGUACUGAGAAGAAGGAUGCCGAGGAGGCUCUCGCAAUCCUGCGAGAGACGCACGCAAACGAGAUGCGCGCACGGAACGAGGAACACAACAAGCACAUACAGGAUUCGCUUGUACACGAGGAGGAGCUCCGUGUCAGACUCGAUGCCGCAGAGCGACGCCAGAAGGAAGCGUCCCAUCGCGCCAAUGCCAUCGCGCACAGUGUCCAGGCGUACUCCAAUCGUUGCGAUCGAUACAGACGCGAACGAGACGAGGCUCGUGCCGAAAUCGCAUCGCUAAGGUCUCGCGCUCUCUCAGACUCCGCCAUAGACUCGUCCUUGUCGAUAUCGGUCAAGAGCGGCCGCGGUGCACUGUCGGAGCGCACCAACCUGGGCCCCGGCGUCAACACAAUCAUGCCUGCGGCAAGCUCAUCGAAGAGGCGCAAGCAGUCGGAGAACGACCUUGAAGCAGACUCAUCUGUCGCCGAUACGUCUGCCUCUGUCGUACUUCUAGACCACAAACAAGGCGACGACUCCCUGCUCGUCGAUGACAUGGCACCUGAUCCUGAAUCAGAUCUCAUCAUGAUGGACAGCUUUGCGCGACAAGCUAUCAGAAUGCCACCCUUCAUGACUUUCGCCACGCAGGCCAUCCGCCCUAACGAUAGACCGCGACCACGUCCGAAAGCCGUCGUUUCUGGCGAGCCAAACCAUUCCAGAGACGGAUUGAGCAGGACCACGAUUGACAGGACAAGCAUCGAUCUGACCAAAGGCACAAUCAUGCUCGGUCCGAAGAGGUCGAGAAAGAUCAAACAGCCCACAUGGUGA